AUGCGUUUCUGCGCACUAUUAUUUAUUUACAACAUGUACACAAACGCAAAUUACGAUGAGCUUCCUCACUGUUCCAGUUUGGAGAGAUGUGAUCGAUUGAAACAUGAAAAAGAAUUAUUAAUAGAAGAAAUCGCAAAGUUGUAUUGUCAUUUACAGUCGGCGGAGGAUGCCAUCGCAGAACACUCAACAAAGGAAGAUCUUUUGAGUCAGAAGCUCAACAGCCUUUCAGAAAUUGCGGCGGAAAGAGAUGAGCUGUUGGAUCGUCUGGACAAGGAAAUGACAUAUAAAUAUACCUUGGAAAGGUCACUAGAGGAACAAAAGUGUCGCAAUGUAGAGUUAGAAUCUAAAGCAGUGGUAUUCAAAGAUAAAGAAGCUAUGUUAAAUAACAAGCUAUUUAAGCUGGAGAAGCAACUUGCAGAAAGAGAUGAACAUAUCAAAGAGCUAUUUCAUAUAAUUCAUGAUUAUGAGAACGUGUUAAAUAGAAAUCAAGAACAGGUAACCAAAAAGUCACACGAAUUAUUUGUGGCAAAAUCUGAACUUUCGGAACUUCGUGCAAAAAUAAAUGAUAUUGAAGAAAAUAUCAAUCUAAUGCAAAUAUGCAGUUCUAAAUUCAACGAAGUUGAAGAAAAUAUACAAUCUAUUUCAUCAUAUGAAGGGUCUAACUUGCCGAGGAAUGUUCCAGACAUUGAUCACAGCCAGUCGAAAAUUUCAGUAAUCCAGUCACACAACGAGGAGUCAUUGAUUCAAGUUCAGCCACCAACUGCAAAAAUCAAUCAGAAAAGCUUAGCUGACGAACUUUUUGAAAUGGAAGCUGAUCACUCUAUUUUACUUAGAUAUGGUAUUCGAAACUCAUUUACUUUUGAAAAUAAAACAGUAGAAGAAUCCCUAAGAGAUCUGUCGAUUCGUCUUCAUACCUUCAAACUAGAACUGAGAUGCAAAAGAAACUUGUUACGACACUACGAUUACUGCUUACUGGAUUAUGAAAAAAUACACGAAGGAAAACGUUACUGGUCUGCAGAAGACAUAAAUGAUUUCAAAUGUGAAUCAGAGACAUAUUUCCACUUAAUCAUUAAACAAUGCACGGAAAUUUCAGUGUUAACAGGAAUGCAUUUUCAAAAAGCACCAACACUUUGGACCAAUGUGCCAUCAAAUUUCGGAGCGCGAUUUCCAAUGACACUCAUAAAUCGAUCUACUUUGGAAACGAGAUCAUCUUCAACACAUGCUGUAUUUUUUUCAGGAAGGUUUGGAAAAAAAGGAAGAGAUACUCGUAACGGGACAGUAAAACAUGAAAAGAAAGGUGUCGAUGAUUGGUCUUUGGUUCCAGUGAUUACCGAAAGAAGCCAGUUGACUAAAACCAACUACCUUAUUGCUAAUCAAGAAAAAGAAACUUUAGUAAAUAACAAACUGCUGAAAUCAUUUCCUGCCUCAAUAGAACAACUUACAGAUAUAUUAGAAGCUGAUCAUAAGACUUUACUGUGUGGUAUAAAUAUGGGGCAACUGAAGAAAACUCAUAUAGAAAUUUCACUAACUCGAGAAGUUCUAAAACUUGGAAAAAUAUCUGCCUUUUUGAAAUUAGGAAAACGGAUAAAGCCAAUGAACUUUCAGAAUCUAAAGCCUGAACAGAUCAGAUCGAAUUUUGGAGAACAAAUAUAUAAUCUUCUUGAAUCCCGAAAUUCUUCAUUUACUCCAGAUAACACAUUUACCAAUGCAGUAUCUAGCUAUAUAUUAACACUGAACAAAAUUAUGUCCCUGGUCAGGUUCUUACCACUUCACGAUGAUCAUUCUUCACAUGAUAAAGGUGGCUAUCUCCGACAAUUGCUUAAAUAUCUGGAGACACAAAUAUAUUUAUUCAUUCAAGAACUCCUUCAGUAUCGAGACCCAAAGCCUAUGGGAAGCAGCCAAGAAAAUAUUCACGAAAAAACGUUCAAUGAUACAACUGAUGGAUAUACGUACUCGCAAAACGAAACGAAAUCGUUGUCACAAUAUUCAAAUAUGGAGAUGAAUUUAAAAUUUCGAAACUCACCUGACCAGAAAUCUAAGAGAGGCUCUCAAAUGCUUCUCAAUAUCCCAAAUUUGGAAAAACCCAAGUGCCUCCAAAUCUCAUAUUGUAAUAAUGUAAUUAAAAGAGCGAUAAGCCAUACAAAACACAGAUUAUCCGAUAUGCCAAAGCGUUUGACUAUUGACCUCAAAUUAAAUAACCUCAUGUUGUUAUUCUUCUGUUGUAUUUUCUGUUAUUUUACGUUACCUUUGAUUAUGCAUAAAAUCAGUCGAUUUUCCGAUAGUUCUAUGUAUGACAGCUCCACUUUAAAAUUUUAUUCAUACAUCAGGCAUACAGUGAAAAACGCAACUGAAACAUAUUCAGUCUUGUGUUCCAAACUUUUUGAUAUCACCUUGAGCCUUCAAUAUUCAGAUGGUUAUCGUCCUAUAUGA